CGGCUGCGACUGUCCGAUAACACCGAGCAGGGAAACGACACGGCUGCGGACACCUUCAGCUUCACACGUCGUCAUCUUCACACAGAAGCAGUUUUUUUGUUUGUUUUUUUACGUUCACGCGUCUUUUUCGCGUUUUGGUUAACGGCGUUAGUGUGCUCUUAGGAUGGUGUUAGGCUUUAAGAUGUUGUAAAAUCAUCUCACACUCUGGAUAUAUUCAACUACAGUGAAUUCUGUGACGUUCAGUGCGAGAGGCUGCGAUGCUCUCACCGAGGGAGAAGGAGCUCAUUGCAGAGAUAUGGCAAAGGAUGACUCCUGUGGCGGAGGAUAUUGGAGCAGAGGCGCUUCUUAGGAUGUUUGCUACCCAACCAGGUUCCAAGACGUACUUUUCCCAUCUUGACAUCAGCCCCAGCUCCGCUCACCUGCGCUCUCACGGAAAGAAGAUCGUUCUGGCCAUCGCAGAGGGAGCCAAAGACAUCAGCCAGCUAGCCAUCACCCUGGGUCCUCUGCAGACCCUGCACGCUUACCAACUCCGGAUAGACCCCACCAACUUCAAGUUCUUCUCACACUGUAUGCUCGUCACCCUGGCGGCGCACAUGCGCAACGACUUCACACCAGUGGCGCACGCAGCAAUGGACAAGUACCUGUCAGCGUUCGCAGCCGUGCUCGCCGAGAAAUUCAGAUGAGACCCAGCCACGGGUUUUUAUGAAGUAUGUGAACCAUUUAUGAUGUCACACGAUGUGAGUUAUUUAUUUAUGUAUGUGUAGUUGUUAAAAUGCAAUAUUUUGUAAUAAUAAAAAUGUGAAACUAACAAUUUUCCUGUUGUGUUGUACCAUAUAAAGUCUAUAUAAAGGACCAACCAUGGGCCAAACUUGUGUUUUUCUUAUCCCAUUUAUUACAAAUUACCAUUUUAAAAGAUAACAUACCUUAUUAGAUUGCAAUGCUGUGUGUCAUUCAAUUUAAAGAAAUUUUAAAUCCCAACUUGAUUUGUAUACUAUACUAAGUUAAAUG